AUGCCGUCCUUCACCCUUGAACAGGUCCAAAAGCACUGCAAACCAGACGACGUCUGGAUUGUCCUCCACAACAGGGUCUACGAUGUGACCAAAUACCUCGAAGACCACCCCGGUGGGAGCGCCAUUCUCGUUGAGGUCGCUGGCACCGACGCUACAGAGGCUUUCGAGGAAGUCGGGCACUCCGACGAAGCCCGGGAACAGUUGGAGCCUUUCUAUGUAGGCGACUUACCGACAGAGGAACAAACCGAACCCGUCGAGAUCUACCGUCCAGCCUACGAGCAAGUCUCGCAAUCCGCAGCUGUCAACGUCAAAAAAGCCACCUCCUGGUCAUCCAUAAUCCAAACAAUCAUAAAAUGCGCCAUGGCCGGUCUAGCAGGCAAAGCCGCCAUAACAGCCUACCACCGCGGCAUAACCACCACCGAGAUAGCCUACGCUCUGCGUUCCCUUACCAAAUCCGUCUCUCCCCACCAGGGCCCAGGCCACGACGGAACCCACUUCUGGGCCGGCGUGGGCAUCGCCAGCGCAGUGCAGUUCUCCCUAACCCUAGGCCUGGGCACGUGGAUCUCAACCAAGCUAGACGUGCAACAAGAAUUCACUCACUACGCACCGCGUCGACCAGCCAAAACAGCACGUAUGAUCAAGCUGCCCCGGACCAACCUGCCACUCAAGAAACCGAGUGUCUUGGAUCCACGCAAAUGGCGCUCAUUCACCCUGACCCGCAAAACGGAAGUCGCGCCACAUGUAUAUCGAUUCAUCUUUGCUUUGCCCAAUCCAGACGACAUCCUCGGCCUGCCGACGGGCCAGCAUAUCGCCCUACGAGCGACAAUCAACGGACAAAGCGUCUCCAGAUCGUACACCCCUGUAUCGAACAACAGCGACGUGGGCCGCAUUGAGCUACUCAUCAAGGUCUACCCCAACGGAGCGAUGACCCAGCACCUGGCGCAGAUGAACGUAGGCGAGUCGAUCGAGAUCCGCGGGCCCAAGGGCGCAAUGCAAUAUUCCCGACAAUACGCGAAGCAUAUCGGGAUGAUCGCAGGUGGAACGGGCAUUACACCCAUGUACCAGCUCAUUCGGGCCAUCUGCGAAGACGACGCCGACAAAACGCAAGUGUCAUUGUUGUAUGCGAAUAACACGGAAGAGGACAUUCUGUUGCGCACGGAGCUGGAUGACUUCGCGACGCGUCAUCCUGAGAAGUUCCAGGUGCAGUAUGUGCUGAGCCAGCCCGGGGAGACGUGGCAGGGUUACCGGGGGUUUGUGAAUGGGGAUCUUAUUGCGAAGCAUUUGGCGCCUGCUGCGCUGGAGAAUAGAGUGUUGUUGUGUGGGCCGCCGCCGAUGUUGGCGGCGAUGAAGAAGACCUUGCAGGGGAUGGGGUGGACGAUGCCUGGGGCUGUUUCUAAGGCUGGCGAUCAAGUGUUUUUGUUCUAG